GUUUAUCACCCGGUACUGUUUCCCGACGGACCGCCAUGUUCACGUAUUGGGAGAUUAGCAACAUUAGCAUUGCCUUAUGAAGGAGCGAACUGAAUCUUUAUUAAUUUCACUCUUAAACGAAAGUCAGUGCACAUAUUUCCAAACUGCUCAAUCCACUGUAGUCACCUUACUUAGACCCGGGGACGUGCUGCUUUGUAUUUAAAUGUUAUUUCCGCAAACAUUACGAUAUAGUUUUUGCAGACUCGUUUGUCAACGUUAGCUAACGUUAUAAACAAGGCGUUGUAAACACAUUGUUGAAUAUCAAAAGUGCACCUGUUGUCCUUAUGUUCAAAUUAAUUGCAAAGUGUUCAUGAACGAACCACGCUGAAAAAAAAACACAGUAGCUGCAGUUUCAUCAACUGGAUCCCCACAGGCCCAAGUGAUGGCUGCUGCAGGACCUGCAGCUGGACCAAGUACCUCAAAGAUGGAUCCUACAGAUAUUUAUAGUGACCUGGAUCAAAACGACGAGGAUUUGGUCAGGAUUGCAGAAGCAAAUGAACUUUUUGAUGCUGUACUAACUGGAUCAGUCGAUCGGGAUAAGAAAGCAACUUUGAAUGAAGUGUCCCUGAAGACAGAGCCUGCUAAAGAGGAGAAUCAAUCCAAACAAGUUAAAAAGCUGAAAGGAACAAUCUCUCCAAGGAGGCUGGCUUUAUAUAUAGGAAAUUUCCCCUGGUGGACAUCCGAUAAGGACCUCACAACCAUGGCUCAAACGCUGGGCGUGAAGGACAUCACGGAGAUCAAAUUUGCUGAGAACAGGGCUAAUGGCCAGUCUCGAGGAUAUGCAGAAAUGGUUGUAACCUCAGAGGAGUCAUUAAAAGUAUUGUUGGAGAAAAUACCUCAAUGUGAACUCUACGGGGAACGGAUAGACUGCCGCUUUGCCACCCGCCAGAACCUCGUCCUGUUCGAGGACACAGCAAAUAAACGUAUACCCAUGCGUGCUACCUCCAAAGAUCCUAAAGAAUCCGAUUCUUUGGAUAAGAUUCCCUCGUUGUUAUCACAGGAGUCCAGUCCCCCGCCUGUUCCUCCACUUUUCCCCCAUUUUGCUAACAGGUUUCCCUCAUUACCACACCCCUUCCUCGGUCAUCCACCUCCUCCUUUCCCACAUAUGCCACCAAACAUCCCUCCGCCACUGCCGCCCCCUUUGUUCCCUCCUCCACCAAUGCAUCUUCCUGGCCAGCCAUCUCCCAGCCUGCAUAUAAAUCCAGCCUUCUUCGCUCCAGCACAAGACGGGCACAGCAGCAAAGCCUACUGCCAACAAAAGAACCCGCCUCCAAGUACAAACGGAGACUUUGAGGAGCUCAUGAACAGAAAUCGAGCUGUCGCCAGCAGCGCAAUCACCAAGGCUGUGUCUGGAGCGACAGCUGGAGACUUACGGGUGGCCAUGGAGACGUUACUAACAGCCAUCGCCAUCAUUAAGCAGUCCAGAGUGUACGGAGAUGAGCGCUGCCAAGCCCUCGUCACUUCACUCAAAGACUGCCUGGUCUCCAUCCAGGGGAACUACGGUUACAGGAGCAGUAGUCGAUCCGAGGACGAAGACAGAGACUCGGACAGGGGUCGUGACAGAGAGAGAGAGCGCGAUAGGGAUCGCGACAGAGAUCGCGACAGAGACGAUCACUCUGGUUGGGACGGCGCGUCUUCGGGGACGUCUCGAAGACGCAGAGAACGUUCCUGGAGUGAUGAGAGGGAUCACGGACGAUCGAAGGACCGAGAGAGGAACAGAGAUCACAGAGACCACAGAGAUCACAGAGACCGAUAUCGCUAACUUGACUGAUGGAGGAAGAGAGUGUAAAGCAGACAGACUUUAUCUCUGCACCACGCUGUAUAAAGUUUUGGAUGAAUCUGAGGUGAGACUGAAGAUGAAUUUCCAAAAGUGUACUUUUUUUUUUUUGUUCUGCUCUCUCGUCAUCUGUAAAUACUCAGACUUUUACCUGCUUUAACACAAUUGUUGUAGAUUUGUUGCUUGGAAAUCAGAUUCCAAGGCUUGCAUGCACAUGAUCAACUCUUCAUAACUUAUGUUAUACAGUGUAAUGUUUUCAUCUUUUUGUAUUAAACCUAUUAAUUGAA